AACAAUAGUGUGUACGGGAAAGUCAAGCAUGGAUGUUGCUGUCGCAGAGGAACCCCUGAGGAAAAUUUUCAGAGCAAAAAAGACUAUGAAAGUCAGCGAUCGAAAGCAACUGGAAUCCCUUCACACCACUCUCUCCUCUCCAUGUUCUUUGCCAUCCCCACCUCAGCCAGUAAUGGUAAAUGGGAAGCACUGUGAAGAUGUGUCUAUGGAAGUAGAAGUAGAUAAAGAAAUACAUGGAACUACACAUUCUACCACUCAUGCCCCUUCCUCCCUGACGGUCACAUCCCUAACCACUGAGACCUCUGAGGAACCAACAGCCUCUGAAUUACUGGUUUCUUCAUCACAGAACAUACACUCUGAUGUAAAAGAUGUUCAGGAAGAAGGAGAGGGGGACAUGGGGUCUACAUUACCCAGCCUUGAGGUAGAAGACAAAAUGAAUGGACUGGGAAAGGUGGAUAGAAAUUCUAAGGAGGAUGUUAUUGUUUCCUCUCCUGUGAGUUCAGAGAAAGCAGUAGCAGUAAGAGAGCGUGAGGUUGAUGGUAUGGAAGUAGACCUGGUACCAGGUACCACUCCGGACACAGUGCCCAUAUUGAACCCUGCCGCCUCCCUCCUCCUGUCCUCCAACACGGCUGUAGAGUCUGUCUCUUCCCCUUCGCUCUCCCCGUCAUACACGGCAGAGUCAGACCAGGAGGUCAGGCCAGGGUUCCUGGUGCUUAGUGAAGAUGAUGAUGUCCAGGAUGAGAGUGAUGAAGAGGAGGAACAGAGGGAAAGUGAAGGAAAGGUAGAAAAAGUUGAGGUUAACAUGGAGAAGCCAGAACAAUUUGAAUGUGGUCCUCCAGUUGACUGUCUGUCCCCUUCAUCACCAACGCCCCUUCAAAUUGAUGAAGAAGAGGAGGGUGCUGCUCUACAGAAGAAACGAUCCUUGUCUGGAGACUCGGAGGAUGGUGGUCAAAAGCAGGGCGAAAGAUACUUGGAAGUGGUGGAGAGGCAUCAUAAGAGGCCCAGAGUAGACUGUGAGGAGGUGGAGGCUCAUGUGGAGCUGAAGAUCAGUGGGAGCGCAGAAAGGCAACACAAGCUAAAGAAGGUGGUGCAGCAGCUUGUUGAGGAGCAGUUGUGUGUUCUGCAGCUUACACUAUUUGACAAGAGUCUUCAGGGGCUCAGUGACAGACUGGACAAAAUAGAAAAACACCCGAGUGCACUCAAGAGCCUGCAGGCAAAGAUUGGCCGACUUUCUAAGAAAGUUGGAACUGCCAUCCGGGCCAGGGAGAGUGACCAGAAACCUCCAGGAACUGCCAUCCAGGCUAGGGAGAAUGACCAGAAACCUCCAGGAACUGCCAUCCAGGCCAGGGAGAAUGACCAGAAACCUCCAGGAACUGCCAUCCAGGCCAGGGAGAAUGACCAGAAACCUCCAGGAACUGCCAUCCAGGCCAGGGAGAAUGACCAGAAACCUCCAGGAACUGCCAUCCAGGCCAAGGAGAAUGACCAGAAACCUCCAGGAACUGCCAUCCAGGCCAGGGAGAAUGACCAGAAACCUCCAGAGGUACUGUUGCCACCUACCUCUACUUCUGCCACAGCAACCACCCAAGCAGGAUCAGGAAUUCUCGGCCUGAGAACAAUGGGGAACAACAUACCGGAUCCAAAGUGUAAUGAUCAGAGCAGUCAAACCCCUACUCCUGUACGUACUGAUCAGGGCUGUCAAACCCCUAGUCCUGUACCCACAGCCCCCUUGCUACCUUCCCCCUCUUCCACAGCCUCAGCCGGAUCUCAACCCACAUCCCAAACCUUGAUGCUGAGCACCUGUGUUACCCCAGCACCCAGCCCGUCUGCCUUCCCUCUCCAGUCAUUCCUCAUACAGCUUCCUGGUGGAGGGACAGCCAUCCUUACCAACCCAACCAACUCCCAGCUAAUCCCAGUGUGCGCACUUCCCGUCAUGACGAGUUCCACUGUGACACCCACCACUGCCUUCCUCCUGCAGAGGACUACUCCCUACACCCCUGCUGCUCCCAAGCCCCCCUCGGCUUCUGCCCUCUUAUCUCAUUUUGUUGCCACACCCACAACCACGACUACACCCACUGACUCACCAGCUGCCACAACGUCCCACAUAACCACACCCAUAACCAUGCCCAGGGCCACAACCACAGCCAUAACCACACCCUGGGCCACAACCAUAACCACACCUUGGGCCACAACCAUAACCACACCUUGGGCCACAACCAUAACCACACCCAGGGCCAUAACCACACCCAGGGCCACAACCAUAACCACACCCAGGGCCACAACCAUAACCACACUCUGUGCCACACCCAAUAUCUCCCACCCUGGAGCCACUGGGACAGUCGGCAGGCCCAGUUCCAGUGUGUCUGUCUCCGUCUGUGAGUCCAUUCGGCUUGUGUCUGUGGCGAACUCCACUUCAUCCUUACCAAGAUUCUCAAUGCCAGCCACCACAGGCACUCAACCCUCUGUGCGACCAGCUGCCUCUGUGCAUCCAGCUGCCUCAGCACAACUAGCUGCCCAUGUACCACAGGUGCCUGUGAAAACAGGUAGUGAAUCUACAAAUACUCCUUCAGACUCCACGCAGGCAUCUCACCCUGCCAAAUCAGAAGCAUUCAUAGACCUGACAGAGGAGGAGGAGGAUGAUGAUGAUGAUGUUCUAGUUACUGGAGUGCUGAAGGCUCCGAUGGCUUUGAAGGCCUCACCUUCACCUUCAACAGCGGGUCAGCGAACAACAGCCACACAGCAAACAGCCACCUCCACUUCAGUCGGCACACAGGCCGUGAGGUCAUCUCUUGGUCAUACUUCAGCUGUUGGAUCUCCGCAUGCUGUUUAUCAUCGCCCCCUGCAGGGCUCCCCAUCUGAAAGUAUUGCCUCCGCAACAUCCACUUCUUCAUCUUCCAUACCAUGCCCCCAGCCCUCUCCCCUUCCCCCCUUGCCUGUCCCACCUCAAACUAUCAGCCUGCCCCUCGAAGCGGCCAGCACCAGCCCUCCACAGCAGCCUCUGCUCAAAAUAACCCGGGUCCCGAGCCAGAAUGACGGCAUCGUGCUCUCCUGGUCUGUGAUUGAGGUGGACCGGAGCUGUGCUGCCGUGGACAGCUACCACCUAUACGCCUACCACCAGGACCACUCUGGGCCCAGCACACACCCCCUACUCUGGAAGAAGAUCGGGGAGGUGAAGGCCUUGGCUUUGCCCAUGGCCUGUACACUCACACAGUUUGUCUCUGGCUCCAAGUACUACUUUGCAGUCCGUGCCAGGGACGUGUUUGGCCGCUUUGGACCAUUCUGUGAGCCUCAGUGCACUGACGUCUUAACGUCCCCCUCACCGAAAGCUCCAAUUUAACCAAAUGUUAAGAUUUAAGUUCAUUUGUUGUGUCAAGUCAAAACGAGGAGAAAUAUUGAUUCUGUAGAUUUUUUCUUUUUUUCUUUUGGUAGCCAAAGUGAAAAGUUCAGUAAAGCUUCUGGCAAAUCUAAUUGCUCUAUUUUCAAAUGAAUGUGUGUUGGUAUUUUUUUAUCAGAAUUUUGCACUCAAAUCAUAUUUGAGCCCAGGUGUUUACAAGAGUGACUUAUCAUUGGAAUGUUACUGGAAAAUGUUGUUGCCCAUCCUGGUGAAAUGGGUUGGCCCCAUAUGUGACCACUGUCUGCCUGCCGUGUGUUUGACCACAUGGGUGCAGCAUUGUACCAAAAUGGUAUCUUUGACACAGGACGAGAGGAUUUGAAAAUCAAACCUGAAAUGGCCUGGUCCCGUUUCUGAAAGAUUAUGGAUAAAGUAUUCUUCUCCUAGUUUCCUGAAGGUAUUUGACAACAAACUUUUUAUUGCAAUUGUCAGUCAAGAACAUACUAUGAAGGCCAGAAUGACCAUGUUAUUAUAUGGUAAUACACAGUAGUUUUGCGUCUCAUGAGACAUGAACCUGCCAAAGCCUAUGUGACCUCUCUUUUCCUCCUGCUCAGUUCCUGCCACUGGAGGACAUGUUCUACAGUUAAAUGAAACAUGAUCUAGGGCCUCCUGUGUAUGUGUGCACAUCCUGUGGCAUUUUUUUUCUAUGGAUGUAAUCUAAUGUUUUUUGAACCUUUUUGUAAUUUGGCUUGAACAGAACUAGUCAUGUUUUCAUAUUGUCAAACAAAUAACUUCAAAAAGUAGGCUACCUGCGUGUGUUUGUCUAGUCCAAAAUUAUUCCAGCAUCCUAACAUUUGAGUAGAUGAAUGGGAAGAGACAUUCGUUACGAAACACCAAAAAUUGUAAAGACUUUCUGUGAUUUUCAUUAGGUCUACACUCUUGUAGCCUGAAUUAAUUGAUGUGUCUUUGACAAAAGGACCUUUUUUGUAGAACGAAAAGUUGGGACGCCUGAAAAGGGGCUGAGAGAUGGGACUGUCCCGGGAUGACAAGUGCAGCCACGUGGAUAUAUAUAUAUAUUUUAAACCAUGACCGGCGGGGGUGUUCAUUUUAAUAUUUACCUCUGUCGCAGUACACAUUGCAUUUUAAAGAAAUGAUAUAAUUGUUCAAUUAGUAUUAUUUAGAGACCCCGCAUUUAGGGGGCCUCAUGUCUCAUUCAGGGGUCCCCCCUGGACCCAAUGUAAUUCACACACUGUCUGCUGAUCGCUUUGUCUGAUAGUCUUAAUGGCUGGUUACAAACAUGUAAAUAAAUGCAUUGGACUUGACAACAGAUUGACCGAAAGGUGAAGUACCAAGAAAUAUUCAGACUAUUGUAAUUGUUCAUUAAAAUGUUUAUAAACUAUACCUAUAUAUUGAU